AUGGAAAAAUACGCAGACACCCACUCGCAAGAUGCCGACUCUGAAAGCGCAACUCUCAUAGCUUCUGAGUCUCUCCGCGAUGAGACAUCGCAACGGCGCCAAAACUUUGUGUGGCUCACACUCUUCAACCUCUUCAUCUUUGUCAUAUCCAUGCUCUCAAUGGUAUGCACCGUCAUGUCACAACGGGAUCCCUCCGGCAACACAGCCGCCCAACUCAUGGACCAAUUCGACGUUUACUCACCCCUCAUGCACAAAGUCAAAUACACCCGCACGCAAUUCACCUUUGCUUCCCCCCUCAACUCUUCAAAAUACGUCGGAAUCACCGACGACGUCGACGACGCAUGGGUCGAACUUGCAUUCCUCCCCGACCAAAUAGUCUCAAAGUCCGACUACCCCAGACUCCACAAGACCACCGACGCCAUCGAAGCCACCGACCCCAAAACAGGCGAAACAGGGUAUCGCGUGGGGCUGGAAGUAUUCCACCAGCUCCACUGCUUGAAUCUGCUGCGCAUGGCCACGUAUCCCGAGCAUUACACAAAGGUGUCGUGGAGUGACACCAACCACCCUCCCGAGCAGGUUAGGGCGCACUUGGAUCACUGUAUCGAAGUCCUCCGUGUAAACCUCAUGUGCUUCGCAGACGUCAAUGUGUUUACGCUUCAUCGCAAGGAAGGUGUCGCGGGCCACGAGCCCGACUACAACACUGCGCACGUGUGUAGGAAUUUCGAUGAGAUUAAGGAUUAUGCGAGGGAACAUGGCUUGCCUACGUUGCAUGAGUAG